AUAUUAAAGUAGUUAAUAGUAAGUAUCAGACAGCUAUUUGAACUAGUUUUUGUACGUACAAACCAAAGGCCGGGCAGAGUUGCUGUCAGUGUCACUCUGUCAUUGCAGAGUUAUAGAUCAGAAGCUCAGAGCUUCAUUCUCACUUUGCCUUUCCAAACAUUUCCAGCAUUCUAAAGCUCUCUUUUCAAAUUUCCCUCCACAUAUCAGACAUGGAAACUCACUUGGUUUCCAAGCUCUUAACUCUGUUCUUGAUGACCUUGUUUAUAAGUUCUGAGCUGAUCCAGUGCACCACCGUCACCUACGAUAAGAAGGCCAUUAUCAUCAAUGGCCAGAGAAGAUUACUAAUUUCUGGCUCAAUUCACUAUCCCAGAAGCACCCCUGAAAUGUGGGAAGGUCUUAUACAGAAAGCCAAAGACGGAGGCUUGGAUGUCAUUGACACCUACGUUUUCUGGAAUGGUCAUGAACCUUCUCCUGGCAAUUACAAUUUUGAGGGGAGAUACGAUCUCGUACGGUUCAUAAAGACAGUACAGAAAGCAGGGCUCUACCUUCAUCUGCGCAUUGGACCUUAUGUUUGUGCAGAGUGGAAUUUUGGAGGAUUUCCGGUUUGGCUGAAAUAUGUCCCUGGUAUCAGCUUCAGAACAAAUAAUGGGCCAUUCAAGAUGGCAAUGCAAGGGUUCACCCAGAAAAUUGUCCAGAUGAUGAAAAAUGAAAAGCUAUUUGCAUCACAAGGUGGUCCCAUCAUCCUUUCCCAGAUUGAGAAUGAGUAUGGGCCAGAGAGCAAGGCACUUGGAGCUGCUGGUCAUGCCUACAUUAAUUGGGCUGCCAAAAUGGCUGUUGCAUUGGAUACAGGAGUUCCAUGGGUGAUGUGCAAGGAAGAUGAUGCCCCAGACCCUAUGAUAAAUGCAUGUAAUGGUUUUUACUGCGAUGGCUUCUCUCCCAACAAACCUUACAAGCCUACCAUGUGGACCGAGGCUUGGAGCGGCUGGUUUACAGAGUUUGGCGGCACAAUUCACCAUCGACCUGUUCAAGAUUUGGCAUUUUCAGUUGCUCGCUUCAUACAGAAGGGUGGCUCAUAUAUUAACUACUACAUGUAUCAUGGAGGAACCAACUUUGGACGCACUGCUGGAGGCCCAUUCAUUACAACCAGUUAUGACUAUGAUGCUCCCAUUGAUGAAUAUGGUUUGAUCAGACAACCUAAAUAUGGUCAUCUGAAGGAGCUCCAUAAGGCGAUCAAGCUUUGUGAACAUGCUUUAGUUUCUUCAGAUCCUACUGUUACUUCAUUAGGAACCUAUCAGCAGGCUUAUGUAUUCAAUUCAGGACCAAGAAGAUGUGCAGCUUUUCUCUCAAACUUCCAUUCAACAGGAACAAGGGUGACUUUUAAUAACAUGCACUAUGAUUUGCCUGCUUGGUCAAUUAGCAUCCUUCCUGAUUGCAGAAAUGUAGUAUUUAACACUGCAAAGGUGGGAGUUCAAACUUCACGGGUGCAGAUGAUCCCAACGAAUAGUCCGUUGUUUUCAUGGCAGACUUAUGAUGAAGAUGUUUCUUCUCUACAUGAGAGAUCAAGCAUAGCAGCUGGUGGACUUCUAGAGCAGAUAAAUGUCACUAGAGAUACUAGUGACUAUCUGUGGUACAUGACCAAUGUUGACAUCAGUUCAUCAGAGCUCCGUGGAGGGAAAAAGCCUACUCUCACUGUGCAGUCAGCAGGUCAUGCCCUCCAUGUUUUCGUCAACGGACAGUUUUCAGGGUCAGCCUUCGGAACUAGGGAGCAAAGGCAAUUCACAUUUGCUAAACCAGUCCACCUCCGUGCCGGAAUAAAUAAAAUUGCACUCCUCAGCAUAGCUGUUGGAUUACCGAAUGUUGGGUUGCACUAUGAGUCAUGGAAAACAGGAAUCCUGGGUCCAGUUUUUCUGGACGGUCUUGGCCAGGGAAGGAAAGACUUAACAAUGCAGAAGUGGUUCAACAAGGUUGGCCUUAAAGGAGAAGCAAUGGAUUUGGUCUCUCCAAAUGGAGGGUCAUCGGUUGAUUGGAUCCGAGGCUCGCUAGCUACCCAAACCAAACAGACAUUGAAAUGGUAUAAGGCUUAUUUUAAUGCACCUGGAGGAGAUGAGCCAUUGGCUUUGGACAUGCGGAGCAUGGGCAAGGGUCAAGUAUGGAUCAACGGUCAGAGCAUAGGCAGAUACUGGAUGGCUUAUGCCAAUGGUGACUGCAGUUUGUGCAGCUACAUUGGGACAUUCCGGCCGACGAAGUGUCAACUUGGCUGUGGCCAACCAACUCAGCGAUGGUACCAUGUUCCUCGGUCCUGGUUAAAGCCAACAAAAAAUCUGAUGGUAAUGUUUGAGGAACUCGGUGGGGAUCCAUCAAAGAUAACCCUGGUGAAGAGAUCAGUGGCAGGUGUUUGUGCUGAUUUACAAGAACACCACCCAAACGCCGAAAAAUUCGAUAUUGACAGCCAUGAAGAAUCUAAAACGCUUCACCAGGCCCAGGUUCAUCUGCAGUGUGUGCCAGGGCAGUCUAUCUCGAGCAUUAAGUUUGCAAGUUUUGGAACUCCUACUGGUACUUGCGGGAGUUUCCAGCAAGGAACGUGUCAUGCGACCAACUCUCAUGCCAUUGUAGAGAAGAAUUGUAUCGGUCGUGAGAGUUGCUUAGUUACUGUAUCGAAUAGCAUAUUUGGGACAGAUCCAUGCCCGAAUGUACUCAAGCGGCUAUCAGUUGAAGCUGUUUGUUCAACAGGAAUUACUACCAAUCAACCUGAUUCAAGGAGAUGAAUACGCUGUAAAAGGAGGCACAUCGUGCAAAGCCAUGAAGCAAAGAAUCAAGACAAAGGGAGGCAUACUUACAGAUGAAGAUUCUACAUUGAAUUGGCCAAUCUCUAUCUAUCAGAAUAGUCUUUGGAUUCACUUUGUGUUUGUGUAUAGUUAGUUUGUUAAAGGCAAGUGCUUUUGCCUCAAGUAAGCUUUUAAAAGCAUAGUUUGUUAAGUAAAGGCAAGUGCUUUUGCCUCGAGGUUUGAUUAGAUUGGCUCCGGUUUUGACUGUCAUUCCAAAAUAUACUCAAUGCAAAAUCUUAUUGUUUUCAA